AUGGACAGUUCUUCGGAUUCUGGAGGCUGGGAUCCAUCAGGAGUGGUCAGCAAUUUCACAAAUUCACCGAAGGCAAGUGAAAGUUCUACAAAAAAAGCCGGUUUUGAUGAUAUUAACGAUUUUUGGCAAAAGAAUUCGCCAAAGCAAGCGCCAAUUUUUUCUUGGGAGCAACCCGCCGAAAUUCCAAAACGAACCGUUGGAGAAAAAGUAAAUAAACCUAAAACUUCACUUUCAGAUUCAAAAAUUAAAAAUAAUAUAACAGAAUCACCUGAGCUUAAAAAAACUACAUCAAAUACGCAAAAUAAACCUAUCUCAGCUCAAGCUGUUCCUUAUCAGACAAUCACAAUUUCUUCAACAAGUAAAUUUGAGUCUGAUGAUGAAAUUACUGGAUUUGGACCAAGUUCUUCUGAUGUGGAAGAACCUGUUCUACUUCCACACCAUAAUGAAACAGUAAUUGAAAAUGAGAAACAAAAAAUUCCUGAAAAACCAAAAAUAACAAAGCCAAAAGAGCCACCAAAACCUAAAGAACCUAAAAUAUCAGGGGAUUCGACGAAAAAACGCACCAAAAAGUCAAAAGAGCAAAAUCCAGAAGAUAACACAAAAACUUCUAAAUCUACUACUAAAAAAACUAAAGGAAAGAAAGAAGAAGCCGCCGAAACUACUGAAAAUCCGACAAAACCUAAAAAACCUAAAAAUUCUAACAAAAUUAAAAAAGAAAGAUCUCCUAGUUCCUUAGAGAAGCAAAAGAGUGAAGUCAAGCCCAAGAAAGUUAAAGAAGAAACUUCAGAAUCGCAGAAACCUGCAAAAACCAAAAAAUCUCAAAUUCCAAAGUACGAUUUUAGUGUAAUUUCAAGCGAUGAUGAUAUACAAAUUAUAAUUCCCGAAAUUGAUGAUAGUAAGCAAGAAAAUGAAGAUCUUCCAAUGGCUUUAAGAAGAUCUAAAAGAAUUCGAGUGAAACCACUUCGCCAUUGGAUGGGAGAGCAUGUUAAAUAUGGUGUUGGAGAAGGAAACUUAAGAUAUGUUGCAGGAAUUCAAAAUUACUCUACAAUGGCUUCACGUGUAACAACACCAAUGCGAAGUCAAGAAAAGAAGACUGUAAACCAUGAUGAAGAUGUUAAAACUAAAAAAGCGAAGGUAGAUAUCGUAUCCGGACCUUAUAAAGAGGAAGAAAUUACAAUUCCAGCAGAUGACAGCAUGGAUUUCACACCAGAAACAUUCGGACGCCAUGUAGUCCAUUUAGAUGGAAGUGGCGUCAUGAAUCUGAACGGAAGACAAUAUAGACUUGAAGAACAUUCAGAUUUCUAUAUUCCACCUAACCAAGAGUGCCAUAUAGAGUCCAGAUUAUCAUCUCCAUUAACACUGUUAGUUAUUAAUUAUAAAUGA